GCUCCCCGCUGGCUACACCAGUGGCCGGCUUCGUGCGCACCGCAUCGCUUCUUCUUUGCCGGUGGAGCUGCACCGCCGCACGUUCACGAAAUAAAAGAGCGCAGGAACCCGCGCGGUUCGGGCGCAGCGUCUGUCUCGCCGCGGGUCUACGACGCGAGCAUUCUCCGUUUUAUAUAUAUAUAAAAAUUUAAGCUUUUACUUUUAAACUCCCGUUUCAUUUUACGUUUCGCCGGUCAGGUGUCAUUUCAUUCGGUCACCGCAGCGAAGUCGCUAUGCAAUGGCAACAACCACCGCAUCGUGUGCUGUUCAGCGAAGCCUCCGAAUUCGAGGUCACAAUCGACUUACCCGCCUGAUCUCUUUUUCCGAUGUUAUUUAUAUUUUGUAUCUAAUUCGUUUCGCCCCCCCCCCCUCCUCCUCCUCGUCGCUGAAGUGAACCCUGCAUCACAGCCACUCUGGGCACUUCCUGCGUUUGAAUUGUGAGGACUAAGAGACGCCUCUGACACUGAUCUUUGUCCAUUGCAAUCGAAUCGAUCUCGUUUCCAAUUUCACCUAAAAGACGCUUUGCUGGGCCAACAAGUGUUUAACAUCUACAACUUAAGAUGUGAACUCUUAUUAGAUGUCCACCUCUAGAUACCACCUCCAAUACCAAACUUAUCUCCCCCCAUAUUCCUAUCUCUGCCCUUUUCGUGUAUUCUAUGCAUAAUCUGUCCGAUCCGACUCCCUGGAAGGGGAGGAAUUUAUUAAUUGACGUUGAUUUAUGUUUGUGAAAUAUUUUCGAUUGCUCACCCACGUGAGACUGUUAUUUUCGUGCCGAUUUCAAUUCGCGUCAUCCAUGUCAUUUGGGUUUUUUUUUUUCACUUGCGCGUCAUUUUGGUGACCAAGAUCCCAUCCCCCUUUGCAAUUGAGACCCAUCCUGCCCACCUUGAGUGUUUGCCUGGUUAAACAAAUCGCCUUGAAGGAUGGAGCCGCUGAUAAAUAAUGUCAAACCAUUAUUUAUCAGUGCCCUACCUUAUUACAGACCAAUUCAGACCGUAUUGCUCACCCCGUGCCCCUUAUAAAGCUCAACGUUCAUCCUACAAAGUCCCAUCACAAGGGGAGAGAAACACAAACAAAUAGACACAUUGUGUUUGCCCGUAUUGAACCGGCUGUACGCGCUAUUGACCUGACAACUCAAUUUCCCUGGACAAGAGUACACGGGGUCUACACCGUAGUACGCCUUGACUGGUGUCUUCGCCCAGCAGUGCAGUGACCAUGGUCGAUGACGCCGCAUGCAAAUUAGUGGGCGUGCACAAAUAAUUUGGGCGGGACCCAGAGUUCGGCAUUCCGAUUGGAUCCGCGCGCUCGCGCAUGCGCAUUGAGGGCGUCGCGAGGCUGCUUCGCCUUUCCCGCCCAAAAUACGGAACCGAGACGAGGGGUGGAGGAGGGCACGCGACGAUGAGGGGGGAGGCGAAGAGAAGAGAAGGGAGAGCGGAGGCGAGACGAGGGGAAGACGAGGAGAGAAGAGGGACACACGCGGAGGCUCGGGGCUCCAACAGCAUGCAAGUCGGCGCCGUCGCCCGCUCGCCAGGGAGGCAGCGCCGGGUCACCACUGCCCGCUCUCCCGGCCGCUCAAAGGCUUCCCGCUCAGCUGUCUCUCCUGGCUCUCCUACCCGCUCUUCCAGCCGCCACAAGUCUUUACGCUCGUCUGGUUCUCCUGCCUCCUCUCAUGCCCUCCCUCCGGGCCGCUCCAAGGCUUUAAAGUCUGCCGUCUCUCCUGGCUCUCCUGCUCGCUCUUCUGGAAGCCCCAAGUCCUCGCUCGCUCCUGGUUCCCCUGGUCGCUCAGCGCGCCCUCGUGGACGGCCCAGGUCCUCGCGCUCUCCCACAAAGCCAGCCGCCAGCCCUCCGGAGCCCCCUGGGCCCCCAAGCAACGUCAACCUGGAGAGCAGCCCUGACCGCACUGAGCCCCAGCCCAGUUCGGGAGAUGCACCUGCACCACAGCGUGUCAUGGCUGUGCGACAUGCCACGCAGGCGGAGGGUCAUGAGCAGAUGCAAACCCCUGACAUUGUGAAGAACUACAGCUUCCAACGACGCUGGGCGGCUGGUGCUCAGAGGGGACCCAGAUGCGCACGCUGGGACUCCCUGUGUCUCCCACUCCUCUCCCCACACAAGCGUGCCGUCCCAUGUCACCCCAAGAGAACGCCGCUCACCUCCCGUGGCCUGGCAGGUGCGGUGAUGCUGCUGCUGGUGUGGCCAGCCGGUCUGCUGUGCCUGGCCCAGGUUGCCGGCUCCCCCAGCUGCAGCCUGCUGGGGCCCCUGUCCCGGUCACCCGGUGCUCCUGCCUGGACCCCAGCGCGGCUGUGGGACCCGCGUUGCCUUGUGGCAUUGCUGGCGUGGAUGGCUUUGCAGGUGCUGCUGUUUGUGCUGCCCAUUGGCGGUGAGGUGGUGAAGGGAGCGCUGCAGAACAGCGGGGAGGUGCUUGCCUACAGAACCAACGGGAUGCUGGCGCUGUUGCUGACACUGGCUGCUAUGGGAGGGGGCUGGUGGGCAUUUGAUCUGGACCCCACCUCGGCUCCCACCCUCCUCACUCCCUUGGCCACCGCCGCUGCCGGCGCCGCACUGCUGUUGGGCGUUGCGCUAUACCUGGCUUCGCUUGGCAAAGACACCGCGGACCUGGCGCCGCUCGGGAACACAGGAAACAUGGCAUAUGACUUUGUUCUCGGCCGGGAGCUGAACCCACGCAUGGGCGCCCUAAACGUCAAGCACUUCUGUGAGCUGCGUCUGGGCCUGCUGGGCUGGGUGGUGCUAGUGCUGGGCUUGGUGGCAGCGCAGACGCGGGAUGCUGGCACCCCGUGCUCUGCACUCGCUCUCGUCGCAACCUUUCAGAUCGUGUACGUCGCUGCUGCCCUGUGGAACGAGGGGAAGCUGGUGGCUGCAUUGGAUACAUCGCCUCUAGGGGCCGGGUUCCUGCUGCUGUUUAUUGAUCUGGCUUGGACUCCCCUCGUGUGCUCCCUUCCGGCUGCCUACCUGGUCCAGCAGCCCCUUCAGCUGCCCCUAUACCACUCUGCCUCACUCGCGCUACUCUAUGGACUGGGUCUGUACAUUUACUGCAGAGCUAGCGCCGAGAGACGCGCCUUCCAGCACAAACCCAGCUUGGCUCACUCAUCCCGCAAGGAGAGCAUUCCCACGGCGACUGGCAAGCGUCUGCUGGUGUCUGGCUGGUGGGGCGUCUUGCGCCACCCUGACACACUGGGACAGCUGCUAAUGACGAUGGCGUGGACCCUGCCCUGUGGCGUGCAGGCCGCCCUGCCGUGGGUGCAGGCCGUGUACGUGUGCGGCGCACUGCUCGUGCGGGGCGUGCACACCGAGCAGGCGUGCGUGCGGCGCUAUGGCGCCGCGUGGGCCGAGUACUGCCACCGCGUGCCAUACCGCCUGCUCCCCGGCCUCUACUAGCCCCCCCGCUGCUCGCCUGCACCAGGUGACCGUCCACUCAACGCCAACUUAUGCGCAGCCUCCGUCGUUUAACCGUGACCAGGCACUGUUUGCCCGGGUGCAGGGAGAUUGCAUUUGUGAAGGUCACGCCCCUAAAGUUGUGGCUGUGCCUACUCUGGGUCUGUCCGGCUCACGUGGCAUUUCGCUUGUUUUAUAUAUUUUUACAUGUGAAUCCUGGGCAUUGGGAUGAAGCCCAACGCACAGCGGUGCUGUCAUUUGUUUACGGCUAGGGUGAGGAACCUACACAUUUGGCCCCGACUUAAUUUGAUACGGGCUAUGACUGUUUGAGGACUAAUUGGUUAUUGUGCUGUACUAAUUGGGUACUAAAGGGCAAUGCGUUUCUAAUUUGAAAGUGCUGUCACUGCAGUCGAAAAAACAAGGUAUUGUAGCUUGGUAAAAACAUUGUGUGACAUUUGUAUUUGACUGGAAUUUAAAAGGAGAUUUUACUUUUUCACGAGACAUAGAUAAGUUUUUAACGUAUUAAAUAAUGACAAGUAAGGAUUUAUAAAAAAAACUGGCCAAAAUGUUUCAAUACCACCAAUCUAGGAAUGGUUUUGAAAAACGUGCACAAGAAUUCUUGUUUUUUUAAUAAGAAACAAUAUGUAUAGACACUGUACGCAGUAUGCAUUUAUAAAAUGUCCUGCCAAAAUUGGGGGAAACCCCAACAUGCUAACUUAUGUUAGUAUUUAUACGAGGGUGUUGAUCCUAAAUAUGCUAUAAAAUACAACAAAUAUGACAGGGUUGGAUAAUUAAAUUUACUAGUCUGUGAAAAAUCGGUCCAACUUUUUCUGCUCGUUGUUGUAAACUGAUUUUAUGCAAGCAUUUAAUAAGAAAAUGUGAAAUAUUUAAAUAUGAACUCAAGUUAA